AAUCAGUCACAUCAGCCAAUUCAGUCAUGUCAAGCUUGACAUGGCCCAUGGAAUCAAUUUCUCUCGAUUAGUUUGAGAUUAGAGGAAAACAUUAUUGCAUCUUAGUUGAUCGAUUUUCUAACUGGCCUGCCGUUUUUCCCUUACGAUCGCUGAAUACGAGUACUCUUCUCAAACAUUUGCAGGAGUGGUUCCUCGAUUGGGGUAUUCCAACAGAAAUCCAAAGUGAUGGAGGCCCUCAAUUCCGAUCCCAAUUUUCCGAGUUCUGCAUUCUCAAUGACAUUCAUCACACCUCGUCUAGCCCAUAUAACCCUAGGUCUAAUGGGCAUGCUGAAUCGGUUGUCAAACAAAUGAAGAAUUUUCUGCCUAAAUCUUCAACGUGGAAUGAUUUCCGCGAACGUCUUCGUGAGUUCCGGAAUACACCGAACAACUCGGGAUUUUCUCCAGCUCACUGGGUAUUUUGCCGACCCCAGAAGACAACGAUCCCGUCUCAUCCGAAUGCAUUUGCCCGAAUUUCCGAUAUCAACUACGAAGAAGCGGUAAAAAAAGAGGAACUCUGAUUAUAACAAGAUUGUUCAAUACGCAGACAUGCACAGUCGAAGAAUUGACCCCGUUGUGGGAGGGCGAUAGAGUAGUCGUUCAAGACUUCCUCUCAAAACUCUGGAACUUCAAAGAAGUAAUCAGUUCUAUUCAGCGAAACAACCGAUCAUACAAAGUUUUGACGGAUGGUGGAAGACCCCUUUACCGCAAUCGAAAAUUUAUAAAACAUUCAUGAUCCACUUUUGACCCUGUUAUUAUGUUUCGCCCUGAACACUAUUUUAACUAAUCGUUAUUGAUGGAGGAGGAGAUCUUAUGAUCUGUGCCAUCUGACUCUCAAUCUAUGAAUUGCUGUCAAUUACUAUGGACAUGAAUGAGCAAGACAGUUUCGGAAUAGAACACACGGGGUCAGAACUUUCCUGUCACGCUGACAAGAAGCAUUUCUUCAUUCUUGGCUUCAUUUCGUUUUGGUUGUUGCCAUUUGUCAUGAUAUGUCUCAACGUGUGCUUAUUCCCUGGAGACAUUUACAUCCACAGCCAAUUGCGGGAGUAUCAAAUUAAUUUUGGAACAAGUUUGAGAAUUUACUCCGAUGUGUUUCAUUGUUAUUCGGCACUUCUACUCUGUGGGGGGGCGUUCUUCAUGGAUACAAUGCUCAUUUAUUUUUCAACCGGUUACUUGAGAAAGCUGGAAGAAAUCAAUGAUAACCUAUUGCUUCUAAGACCAGGCAAAAGUGGACCAAAGAAGAUCCCAACCGUUUAUCAUCCAAAUAUCGUCUUCAAGACGUUAUCCCAAGAACUCGACCAGGAAAUGACACUUAAAGCACCUUCUAAAGCUCCAAACACAUCCAAUUGUUGCUUGGCCUUGAAGCAGUUGUUAAAAAGUCACCUAGAAGUGCAACAGAGCCUGGAGUUAUUCAACCAAAGGUUUGACAAAGUCAUUUUGUCUUUCCCCGUUCAAAUGUUCGCGAUGACCCUUGCACUAUUCGUUGGGCUCAUGCGUGGCGAAAUCACGGACGAUAUAGAGGCCUUAACCUACAUUGCUACUGGGGGGCAGUACUUGUUUCGAUCCUAUAUUGGAUUACUAAAUUUUGGCAAAGUUUAUGAGUUAGGCUCGGCUGCCAAGUCUAUUCUGCUACGGGACCUUCAUAUCCAAUAUGAAAAAGAGCAUUUUGAUUCAGAUAUGCCAUUUCAACUUGAAUCAUUCUUGAGCACAAUCGACGAUGAUGUGGCGAUCAAAGCAGGAUCUUAUUUGGUCUUCAAUAAGAGCUUUAUUUUAACUUAUUAUGGAGCACUAAUCACGUACAUGGCCCUAUUAGUUCAAUCGUUCUAAUGUUCAUUUGCCCAGUCUUCAAACUGUGAAGUUGAGCAAAUGUUAUAUAUGAAUGUACAAAAACACAAUAUUUCAUUGAUAUGACUUCUUUUUACUUAGUGACUGAAUGACUUUAUGACAUCAGAGUAUGAAAAUGAUGAAAACACUUAAUUAUACGCAUCCAACUACUAUCUUAAACCGUUAGUGGGAGUGCAUUGCAUUAAAAUCUCGCUAAAAUGAAAUU